AUGAAUUACUACGGUGAGAGUGAUUCUUCAAGAGGCGAGUAUGAUAUAGAGGAUGACAGAUUGGAAUCUGUAUCUGAUUAUGAUGAAUGGGCAGACAGAAACGAAGAUUCUAGUGAUUAUGGGUACGACAACAUGAAUGGAGAGGAUAAUGAUGAUGAGGAAGGUGGUUUUGAUGCUAAUCAUAGUGAAGGAGAGGAUGAGGAGGAGGAUGACAAUGAUGACAUAGAACAUAGAAAUUUAGACUGUGUAGAGGAUGAUGAAGAUGAUUAUAAUCACGGUAGUGCCGACGAUAUUGAAAUAGGUGGACAUAUGGAAAGUCGUGCAGCUACUUUACAAGAAUUACUAGGCCACCUUGCACAUGAUUUAGAAGCAAGAGCUAAUAACAAUGAUAGUAAUAGUUCAAGUGAUGAUGUUAAUAGAGACCAUAGAAUUCCCUUUGGGACCGGGUUCCCAGAUUUUUUAUCGAUGCUGGGAGCUAGAAGAGUAGAAGGAAGCAACGGAAGAUUUGAUCGUAUGCGUAAAUUAGUAGCUAAUAUCCGUAAUGCUGCUGAAGAUCCCUACAUUGCACUUGAAAGUCUAAGAGAGUUAUCCGAAUCAUUAUUGAUGAUGAAUAGUGUUGCUAUUGAUAGAGUCAUUCCAGUAGAAUCUCUGAUUAAAGAUAUAUGUGUCAUUUUUUCAAGCCCUAUUUUAAUUGAAGAAUUAGAAUUGCAACUAAUGGCUUGCCGUUGCAUUUAUAACUUGUUUGAAGUAAGUCCAGAUUGCAUUGGCAUUGCUGUGGAGGAAAAUAUCAUUCCAGUGUUACAGGGUAAAUUAUUGGAAAUAAGCUAUAUUGAUUUAGCCGAGCAAGUUUUAGAAACUUUAGAAUAUAUCUCGAGAGUACAAAGUAGAAAAGUUUUGGAAGCUGGAAACUUGACUUCAUACAUACAGUUUUUGGAUUUUUUCACAAUACAUGCACAACGUAAAGCUAUUACGAUUGUUUCCAAUGCUUGCGCAAAGGUCAAAUUAAGUGAUUUCGAAACUAUUCGUGAAGUAUUUCCAUUGUUGCAAAGCAUUUUCAUAAACAGUACUGAUCAAAAUUUGAUAACGAAAUUAGUAAAUGCGGUUUAUGGAAUUUGUGGCGGGUUAAGAAAGCAUAUUAAUUUUGAUGAUCUAUUCACUGAAGAAUUCAUUGAUCAUAUUUUUUCUUUAGUAUCCUCGCCUGAAUUACCAAUUGAUAACAAAUUAAAAUCAAUCGAGAUACUAACUGUUUUAGUCCAAUCAUCACAAACAAUUUCCGAGCAUAUGAUAGAGGGGGAUAAAGUAAAUAGCAUGAUAUACUCAUGUUUUAACCCUUACAAGAAAUCACAAGAUGCAUUAUUAGGUGAUAUCUUAAUGUUUGUUCCUGAUAAUCUCUUGAUGGCCAUUUCUAGAUUUUUGGCAUUCUUAUUUCCCCCAGAGAUGAAUAAUUGUUUUACAAUUCAAAAUCCUAACCGAGAAAAGUCUAUAAUUAAUCAGUCAAAUUUAAAUGACUUUAACGUCCAAAUUAUAAAUAUGAUGGUAGACAUUUUUACAAGCUCUAUUGAUAGUGGUGUUCGUCUCUAUAUAUUGAUUGCAAUUUUAAGAAUAGUUUCCAACAUGAAUUCAGAAGCGGCAAAAGCCUGUAAGUCCAAAAUUGUAACAUUAUUUGAAUUAUCCUACUUUAAGGUAGAUAAUCUAUAUAAUGGAAAUAAAACAAAAAUGAUAAAUGCGAAUAUUUUACAAAUACUAUUGGGGAUAUUACUUACUAUUAAUGAGAAAUUCAAAGAUGAACUGUUUUCUACUUUAAGAAGAGAAGGGGUAUUCGAAGGUGUUGAAUUACUGCAUUCUCAUUUGGAUGACAUGAUGAGUGAUGACAUUGAAAAUGACACAUAUGACACAGAAAGUGAAAAAGUUCAGGUUGAAAGUUUCUUAACUGAUGAAUCAAAGACAAAAAAGGAUAAAGGCAGUGAUAGUGAGUAUGAGUAUGAUGAGAUGAAUAUUCCUGAAUAUGUAAAACCAAAAAAAAUAUCUUUUGAAUUACUUAAGAGGAAAUCGCAUAACCAAAUUUUGCAUAGUAUCAAUAAUUUAUGUGAAGACGCAUUUUUAUUGUUGGAUUCUAACAAGGAAGUAAUUCAAGAAUCCUCAGAAAGUCUGCAGCUAGUUCUUCUUAAACUUCAAAAAGCAGAUGUUUCUAAUUUACAAGAGGAAUACUGGAAUGAUCUCUGGGAUGAUUUAAAACAAGAUUUCCUGGGUGAAAAUGGCAUUUCUGUUCAUGACUUUAUUUCAUCUGACCUGCCGAAAUUAUUAGUUGAUAUACUUAGAAUGGGGUUGAAUUUAAAUCCGGUGAUCAAAACAUCAUUUUUUAUUUCGUUCGAACCAGUUAUGGAUAAAUUCAUUAACUUUUUGCAUAUGGCAUUAUCAAAAGCAGAGAAGUUUACAAUUUUAGAAUGCGGUCUCCAAGGUGAUGAAGGGGGAGUUGCAUCAUUAGGGAAAGAAAUGAAUAUCAAACUUGUUUAUAAAGGAGAUGCAAAAAAGGAUGGUAUCGUACCUAACUUGAGUACCGUCACCCUUUCGAUUCAUUCUAUUGCUUCUUUAUCUACUUUGAACGACUUUUUAAAACAUAAGGUAACUCAAUCAAUGUUCCUGGAUUCUUUGCUAUCAGGGUUAAGCAAUAACAGUAGGAAUGAAGAUGGAUCAUUAAAUAAUUUGAGAAAUAUCACAUUUCAAUUUUAUGACAAUGAAACUCCAUUGGGUCUUGACACUACUAUUUUUAGUGUAGUUUACAAAAAAUGGGUGGCUAAUGGAACAAGUAUAACUGAAAGAUGGAAUGAAACUCCUACAAUCUAUUAUAAGAAACUAAAUAAAAUUUCGCCAAUUGAUGAUGAACCAAUGGAACAGACAUUAGAUUCGUCUUAUACUAUUCCAGAUGCCUCUAAAGAAAUCUUGGAUUCACACGCGGCAGAAAUGGUCUUAAGGUUAUUGAAAUUUCUUCAUGAUAGUGACAUACCUCAAGAAAAGUUUAUCAACAUGAAGUUGAGUGCAAAGCUAUCAAGACAAUUGGAUGAGCCAUUGAUUGUGGCAAGCAGGGUUUUGCCUGAGUGGGUAAUUUAUUUAACAAGUCAAUACCCUUUCAUUUUUCCGCUAGAUACUAGAAUUUUCUUUUUGCAAUGCACUUCCUUUGGUUAUGGUCGUUUAAUCGAGUUAUGGUUAAAUAGAAGUGGUAAAAAAAUAGAACAAAGUAGUGAUGAUCCCCUUCAACAACUUGGUACUGUGUUAAAAAGAAAGUUAAGGAUUACUAGAUCAGAUUUAUUUGCGAGCGGUCUUAAAAUUUUAGAGAAUUAUGGCUCUAAUCCAAAUAUUAUUGAGAUUGAGUACCAAGAUGAAGCAGGUACGGGUCUGGGUCCAACAUUGGAGUUCUAUGCAACAAUGUCAAGAGAUUUUGCAAAGAAAUCGUUAGACAUUUGGUCUUUUGGGGAAACUGAAGAUGAAAAUGAAAUCUACAUUCAGAGAUCGUUAUUUCCACGUCCCUUAGAAACUUGUACAGAUCAAACAAAGACCCUAGAACUAUUCACUUACCUGGGUGAAUUUGUUGCAAAAGCUAUUUUAGAUGGUAGAAUUCUUGAUUUCAGAUUUAACAGGUUAAUGUUCGAAUUAAUUGAGGAAAGCUAUAAUGAAACUAGUAUUAGAAACUCAGACGUCUUAACUCAAUUGAAGAGGCUAUCAGUAGUUGAUUACCAACUGGCAAAAUCUUUGCAAUAUAUUUUUGAUCAAAAAAAUAAUAAUAAAGCCAUUUCAGACCUAGAGCUAACAUUUGUCCUUCCUGGUUAUGGAUUGGAACUUAUAGAACAUGGAAAAAAUGUUCCAAUUACGUCAGCUAAUGUUGAAGAAUAUAUCAGUAGAGUUUUGAGCAUGAUGAUUGAAGAUGGGGUAAAAAAGCAAUUGAACUGUUUCAAAGAAGGAUUUUCUAGGGUCUUCCCUUAUAGAAACAUGUUGAUUCUAACACCAAAUGAACUUGUUACUAUGUUUGGAGAAGCAGAAGAAGAUUGGUCCGCAGAAACUUUAUAUUCAUGUAUUACUGCUGAACAUGGUUAUACCAUGGAUUCACAAACUAUUCACGACUUAGUUCAUAUUAUCAGUAACUUUGAUAAUCAAGAUAGGAGGUUAUUUUUGCAAUUUAUAACUGGUUCCCCAAAAUUGCCAAUCGGUGGAUUUAAAUCAUUGAAACCGAAAUUAACGGUAGUAUUGAAGCAUGCAGAGGAUGGCUCUUCUCCAGAUGAAUAUUUGCCAAGUGUGAUGACCUGUGCAAACUAUUUAAAACUACCUAAAUACUCUGAUAAAUUGAUAAUGAGUUCAAGAAUAUCUCAAGCAAUAAAGGAGGGAUCGGGUGCUUUUCUGUUGUCUUGA